CAUGAUGAAACAUGGCGGUGCAAAUGAAAAGUAGACGAGAAUGCAGGCUUCUGCUAUUUCUAUCUUCUGUUUGCUUGUUUUGUUCAGUUGAUGCAAAUGAUUGUUCCUCAGGCCUAAUGGGAUACGACAUGCUAAAUUUGACUGGUGCCAGUUCAUGGAAAUUCAGCAGCAAUGGGACAAAAUGCGUGUCAAAUGGAACUGUAGUGGACUGUGUGAGUGAAAUGUCAUUCUGCCAACCCUUGACAGGAAGCACAAGUUGUCAAGAUGCUAGUGUUUGUCAAGUCAGUGUCGGCAAUGACUACAAAUUGGCUGGUUUCUCAACGACACCAUUCACAACAUUACCAGACCCUUCUCUUGGGUUCAGGACCAACUUCCCUCUCGGUGAUGACUUUACCCGCAAUAACAGUACCUGUAAGCUGAAUACCACCAUCAAUUUCCGAUGCAAUUUACAGAAGCCUUGGCCAGCAGGUGCAGGCCAACAGAAGGUUCCAUAUGAACCUGAAAUUAAGUUCAUUGCUGAGAAAUGCCUGUACAACGUUACAUUUGAUUUUGCUGGAGCAUGUCUCAGAAGUAUUCCUGCAACAGUCACAAACCAAAUGAGCGCCGGGUCGGUCUUGGUUAUAAUAUUCCUCGUGUUUAUGGUUUCCUACUUUGUGUUUGGUGCCAUGUGGAAUAUUGCCUGUCGUGGGGCCCGAGGGAAGGAGGCGGUGCCAAACCUCGAGUUUUGGACAGAUCUGCCGGUGUAUAUUGCUGAUGGGUUUUUAUUUACAUUCCGCUGCGGUCAAGUCGAAUCUUCAUCGUAUGAGAGUAUUUGAGAAUGCUGCCUGUUUUGUGAAAGAAAAGUGAUGUUGGCCUGUCAAGAAGAUGCUCAAGCAAGAUGGUCAUUUGACAGGAAGAUUAUGGUAUAACAGGAAGCAGAAUAUUAUAUCUAUGAGAAGUUAUUCUGCUAAAAUCUCACCCAGUGACAUUCUGUGAUAAGACGAAUCAAUCUCCAAACAGCAAUAUGUACAAAUCUGUUGGAAGAUAAUACACUUCAGUUACACAAACACAUACCACUGCCCCUGUGGAGAAUACACUUCAGUUCCACAAACACAUACCACUGCCCCUGUGGAGAAUACACUUCAGUUCCACAAACACAUACCACUGACCCUGUAGUGAAUACACUUCAGUUCCACAAACACAUACCACUGACCCUGUAGAGAAUACACUUCAGUUCAACAAAUACAUACCACUGCCCCUGUAGAGAAUACACUUAAGUUCCACAAAUACAUACCACUGCCCCUGUAGAGAAUACACUUAAGUUCCACAAAUACAUACCACUGCCCCUGUAGAGAAUACACUUCAGUUCCACAAACACAUACCACUGACCCUGUAGUGAAUACACUUCAGUUCCACAAACACAUACCACUGCCCCUGUAGUGAAUACACUUCAGUUCCACAAACACAUACCACUGCCCCUGUAGUGAAUACACUUAAGUUCCACAAAUACAUACCACUGCCCCUGUAGAGAAUACACUUAAGUUCCACAAAUACAUACCACUGCCCCUGUAGAGAAUACACUUCAGUUCCACAAACACAUACCACUGACCCUGUAGAGAAUACACUUAAGUUCCACAAACACAUACCACUGACCCUGUAGUGAAUACACUUCAGUUCCACAAACACAUACCACUGCCCCUGUAGAGAAUACACUUAAGUUCCACAAACACAUACCACUGACUCUGUAGAGAAUACACUUCAGUUCCACAAACACAUACCACUGCCCCUGUAGUGAAUACACUUCAGUUACACAAACACAUACCACUGCCCCUGUGGAGAAUACACUUCAGUUCCACAAACACAUACCACUGACCCUGUAGUGAAUACACUUAAGUUCCACAAACACAUACCACUGCCCCUGUGGAGAAUACACUUCAGUUACACAAACACAUACCACUGCCCCUGUAGAGAAUACACUUCAGUUCCACAAACACAUACCACUGACCCUGUAGUGAAUACACUUCAGUUCCACAAACACAUACCACUGCCCCUGUGGAGAAUACACUUCAGUUACACAAACACAUACCACUGACCCUGUAGAGAAUACACUUCAGUUCCACAAACACAUACCACUGACCCUGUAGAGAAUACACUUCAGUUCCACAAACACAUACCACUGACCCUGUAGAGAAUACACUUCAGUUCCACAAACACAUACCACUGCCCCUGUGGAGAAUACACUUCAGUUACACAAACACAUACCACUGCCCCUGUAGAGAAUACACUUCGGUUCCACAAACACAUACCACUGCCCCUGUGGAGAAUACACUUAAGUUCCACAAACACAUACCACUGCCCCUGUGGAGCAUACACUUCAGUUCAACAAAUACAUACCACUGCCCCUGUAGAGAAUACACUUAAGUUCAACAAAUACAUACCACUGCCCCUGUAGAGAAUACACUUAAGUUCAACAAAUACAUACCACUGCCCCUGUAGAGAAUACACUUAAGUUCAACAAAUACAUACCACUGCCCCUGUAGAGAAUACACUUAAGUUCAACAAAUACAUACCACUGCCCCUGUAGAGAAUACACUUCAGUUCCACAAACACAUACCACUGCCCCUGUUGUGUGCCUAUGGUAAAUACUACAGGACAAACCACUUGGUGACACUGAUAAUCCUGAUGUUCAUUUUCCUUUUAGACUGUUGAGUAUUGGUUUGCCCAGGCGUUGGUGUACAAGAUGUUAGCUACUUCAGGCCUAUUUAUGACAAGGUGUAUGGAAUUAAUGCUAUAGUUUUUCUAAAUUCUUCAGACAUUUGGUGACAAGUUAGUUUAUGACACUUGUAAGAUGACCAGACCUGUAAUAUCUGACAUGGGGAUAAGGAUGAAAUACUUGUAAAUAAGGGACAAAGCCCUGUCCACAUUCAUGUCUUCCAAGAUGUUGGUGAUAAAAUCUGAAAUUUGCAGUGUAUUUGAGAACUGUUGUGUAUGUGUUGUAAAUACUCCCUCACUUAUGUGCCUUUAUAUCACUGUGUGCAUUGAGAUUCUGAAAAUAUUUUCAUAAUUUCAUGAAUCUAUGGUCAAUACAGGACAGCAAGUUAGGCACGGGAAAAACAUAGGAAUUAAGUGAAUGAGUUUGUUUCCUACACAUUAGUAGCAUAGCUGGCUUUCGCUAUUGUUCAUGUUAAUCGUGCAUUAGGCAUAGUAAAUGAACAUAUGACAAAUGGAUUUUGAUACAUAUCCAACUAUAAAAUAGCUAGAUUUGGGGAAAAACAAGUCCCUUUUGGGGUUCAUUAGUCUCAGACUAACGGACUAGUGACCGUGUGUGUUGAUAUAUCUAAGUUGACAGUUCCGUUAGCACUUUGACUGCCAUAUGAAAUAACAGAUCAGAUUUCAUGAUAGAAACAUUAUUUUACUAAUUAAAGUGUGUUUUUUUCAAUGUGUUAUAGGCAGUCACAACACUAAAGAGUUUUGACAUCUUGAGAAUUUAAAAAAAUAUUUUUGGUACCAGGUAUAUUAUCUCAGGAAAGUUUGUUUGUCAUACAGACAUUAAAAUCAUUGUCAUGUUUGUUCCUAUUCAUGUUUUUCACCAUGAAAUCCUCUCUGUGUGUUAUGCAGAUUCUGUUCUAAUGUUCGAGUAAUUCCAUUGCUACUGAUAGGCAUUAUAUUUGUUCAUUGGUUUACAAAGCUUGUGGCCUUCAAUUCAGUGUGGGUGGUUUGGGGAUAAAAAUCAUUGAGUCAUUGAGUCUCAUCUACCAUGUCCACCUUUACCUUCCCCCCCCCCCCCCAAACAAACAAAACAACCAAAAACUAUCACAAUUAAUGAUUUACUGCUGAUUGUGAUCAAUUCCGCCCAGCAGGCUCAGUCUGACCCAGAAACAGAUUGUUGUAUCAAACUUUACAUGGCUAAGUGACAUUGUAGGAUGAAGUUGACGCGGAUGAUGCAGAGGGUUUAAUGAUCUCUAUUUUGCUAUGCUUGCCUGAUAUAGAUCUUUUCGUGUGUUUGAUUAUGAAGUAAUAUUUUCAGCACUGACAUAUUUGAGUUUGAAUAUUAAGGCAAGACCUUUUUAUGUGAUUUACGGAAAAAUUAAUCUGAAAAGCACUGUUAUAUUUUGCUGAACAUGCUGAGUGCAUUGUCACCACAGGAGCAUAGGGCCCACAGUAGGUUAAACUGCAAGACUGAUGUGACAGGCUUAACUUUCACAGCAGUAUAUUCAGACUACUUCUCAAGAACCAACAUAAUAAUCUGAAAUGUGUUUUCUUAUUGUCUGUUUCCCUCCCAGCCAGGAUUUUUCACAUAAAUAUCUGCUUACCAAGAAAUAUAAAGACGUCGAGCCGAACCUGUUUAUGUAUUUGCAAGUUUAUGUAUCCUGCUACAGUGUAACUGUACACUUUAUUCAGAUGGGGACAAUAUGUCAUAGUUAAGUGAAUCCCUGUUAAUCUUCAUGACAUAGUCCAAGAUUAACAUAUAUUAUACCCACAACCUAAUAGGGCAGGGGUAUAUAGUUUUACCAAGGAAUUCUGUCCUUCAUGUCCUUCCGAGGACAUUUUUGUGUGUGUGACCUAUAACUUGAAAACUACUUAAUAGAUUCUUUUCAAAUUUGGUGGACACUUUUUAUAUCUAUAGGAGACGUGCAGUGCGAAGUUUGAUUUCAGUAUUUGGAUUUUCUGAGAAAACCCCCCAACUUUAUUUCAUUUUUUUACUUGGACUGUUUUUACUUAAAACAUUUGUACGAUCUAUAACUUGAAAGCUACUUCAUGGAUUCUUUUCCAAUUGGGGUUACAGUUUCUAUAACAAUAGGAGAGGUGCAUUGCAGGUUUUGUUUUCAAUGUUUGGAUUUUCUGGUCAAAUACAGCUAUUUUUCAUUUUUUAGCUAGAAAGUUUUUACUGAAACAUUUGUGCAACCUAUAACUAGAAAAGUUUAUUUUCUGAAACACAUAUGAUUUUUUUUCAGGUUUUGCAAUUAGAAAUAUGUUGGGAGACGAAGACGGGGGUUUUAGUGAGCCCUGGUCACUGUUUGUCUUGUUUGGAUUUAGGAAUCCUGGAUACAGAGUAAUGUCCCUUUGAUUAUGUAUGACUGUAUUCCUGCUGCCCUUCUUGGGUUUGCAUUAACAGAGUUCCACUGUACAUAGCAGAUUGUAAAGCAUUUGUCAUACUUCAGGAUGCAGUCAAUGGAAAUUGAAAUAAGACUUUUGGUGUGUAAGAUACCCCUGGAAGGAAGUGCUGAUUGAUUAUCAUGGCUUAAUAUAGGAUCAUUUCUGUAUAUGAAAACAGUAUUCGUUUUAGUUAAUGUAGGUAGUUUAUAUUCUGUGGAGUAUAUUUGACAUGUUUUAUGUUACACAUUAUCUUUUAAAGUAUGCUUUUAAGUGUAUGUUUUUUAUAUGUUCAUUGAAUAUUGAAUUUGCAUAGAAAGAAGAUUGAAGAUGGGACACAUGCAUCAGACUCUGGUGCGCCUGGUCCAGAUUGGAUUAUUUACAGGCCAAUGCAAUGUACCUACAUUAUUGCUAACUUUGGUGUAAAACAUCAAAUAAACAAAGAUUAUGUUUAAUUAUGUCAUAAUUUAUUUCUAGCAAUUAUGUAGGCAUGGGAAACGUGGAGAUAUGUUUUGUUUAUGAUGUUUGGGCUAUGUCUGAUUUUCACAUGGUCUUCUCAUCAGUGACCGACAUAGUCACAAUGCAGUGACAUACAUCAUCCAACAGUGGAUGAUAUCAUCCAACAAUGCAGUGAUAUCAUCCAACAAUGCAGUGAUAUCACCCAACAAUGCAGUGAAAUCAUCUCUCUUCUCCCCCCCCCCUGCGGAAAUGAAUGAUUGUUGACUAAAUGAAAUUGAAUGUAUGAUGACUGAAAUAGUUGAUUCAUGCUGCACAUCCCACGGCUGAAUGAUGACGCUAAAUAUGUGGAAAAAGUUUACAGUCAUAGACUAUGGAAGCCAAAGCUACUAGUUACCUGGGUAACAGAAACAAGUCAAUGCAUUCUUUUAAAGAAUUUUGCAUAUUUUAAUGUACACUUAAAUGACAUUAACCAGAUGAUUUCACCUGAUAAUAAAUAAAUUGUUUGUUCUUUAUGUUAAAGUAUGGGAGUUACAAUCACCUUCGUGCUACGUUACCAUUGUGGAAUGGAUUCCUUCAUUUUAAAAGUGACCGUUGUAUGGCAUUGUAUUAAUAUGUGUCAACUUUUAAUGUGUUUGAAGUAUUAUUCUGUUAAACUCAAUUUGAUUGUGUUCUGGAUUGCGAGAUGUCCGCCUAUUUACACAUGACAGUGAAGUGUUUUAAAAAAAGUUAUAAACAGCAAAUAAUAAAUAGAAUACUAAAUAAGCUCCUGUGUAAUACCAAUUUUGUGAAACGAGUGAAUAGUUCUUGUAUCUGACGAGCGAAACUUCAAAUAUGACUGUAGUUUUUGUAACAAUAACAUAUUCCUGACAUGAUCAUGAUGAUGGAGCCUAAUGACAUUAUUGGUGGUGGUGGUGUUAGUCAGGGGAAGAAAGUCUGAGAAAUAAAGGGUAAAACUACAUUACUUAAAAACACAAUCUCAUUGAAUUCAGAUCUUUUACUUUGAUAUGAUACCACUUCAUGGAAAAGAUCUUUUUUCAAUGAGAUUGGUUCCAAAACUACAAUGGAUUCUGUUUCAAAAGGGCUUAUAUUCCAAAAAAUGUAAAUUGACCCAUUUAAAUUUGUUUUUGAAUUAGCUACAGCUUACUAUCUGUUGUCUUUUAAAAGUUUGACUUUACAUACCUAGAGCUUAUACGUUGACAUGAUAUCCAUUCAACAAGUAAUUAAACAAUAUUUGUACAAAUGUUUGAUUUGAAAUGUGUUUAAUUUAUAUCUAGAUGCAGUUGGAGUGUGUGGAUGUCCAUGGUAUGAGGGAUUGUUGCGAAGUUUACAGUCUAUACUGCUAUUUGUAAUUUAUCUAAUGUAAGGCUUGUGUAUGUCUUGGUAUGCCCUGUAAACAAGUCCAGCUGUUCACCUUCUUAGCUGUUAUAUUAUAUGUGAAGGUUUUUUUAAUUGGUCAGAAUAAAGCUUGAUUGUAAAAAAGUGUAUGUUGUGUCUAUAAAUUGUUGAGAGAACUGAAACGUUCAAUGUGCUGUUGAGGGUGUCUGAUUGCCAAAUGAAAGAGUUAUCUCCCUUUCCAUGCCAAGCACUUUUGGUUUGUUUUUUUAUCACUGAAUAAUUAUUUUGUUAACAUUUGUGAAAUUCAGCAGAUCCUUUUACUAAGUAAUAUAUAACCUGCCACACAUUACCCUUCAUUAUUCAGUGGGUGUGGUGAAGUCCAUGUAACUUUUGAAUGUAGCAGUUUACUUUGAACUUUAUGAUAAUCCCACACUACACCAGCUUGCAGUGUUUGUGUUUGCACAGGAUUCAGAAGGGUAUCGAUGUUUACUUGUGUCAAUGACAUCUUUUUCUAUAUCACUUUGUAUUAAACUGGUUAUAUUUUCAUGAUUUUGUAAAUAAAUCAUUCUUAUGC